AUGCCUUGCCCGAACCGAUUCGCAGCCGCUCUGCAAGAGACAGUCACUACUGAGGAUGGCGUCAAAAUGUACACAUGGCGAGCUGUUCGCCGUCAACACCUUCGAAUGCUCCGAAAGCAGACACGAACCAUUGUGUUCUUCAUGGCUAUGAUUGAGAUCCUACGAGCUGGAGUUGGGAACAUGGUUUAUGGUGGGAAGCACGGCACACAGGCUGCUGGAGCUGAAGAUUAUGGUAUCUCCUACAAUGUCGGGUGUUUCCUGGCUUGGUUGUACAUGUGCCUGUUCGCUAUGGUUUGGGAACCAUUCUUCUCUUGGUGGGUCCCAACCAGCACAUCUGACGAAGAAAGCGAAACCAUGAGCAAAGUCAUCUCUAUCCUCGACAAGCUCAAUGGCGUCCUCCUCCCCGCCGUCGUCGGCAUGAGCCUCCUCCAACACAUCUACCACGUCAUCAGCACCUUCAUCUACGUCGAUGCCCGCCCCGUCGAUUCCACCACAAAGACACCACGAUCCGCCUCCCUAAACAGCAAGAAGAACUGGGCCAUUCGAGCGAUCCUACUCCUCGGCGUCAUCACCAGCAUCGUGUGUGGAAAAGCGAUGUUCACCGUCCUUGAGGGCUACGAUCUCGCUCGAGUUAAGCCUGUGGAGUAUCUUGUUCUUGUCCUGCCCAUUCAGGUCAACUUUGGGCUUCUUAUGGGUAGUGCCGUGCAGUUCAAGGCUGAGCAGCGCGCUGCGAGGAAGAUGGCUGUGCGAAAAGUUGUUGAUACUGAGGCUGCGGCUGAUGAGAAGGAGAGACUGCUUGUUGAGGCUUAG